AUGACUAAGGGUACCUCCAGCUUCGGAAAGCGCCACAACAAGACGCACACUCUGUGCCGCCGCUGUGGCAAGCGGUCUUUCCACAUCCAGAAGUCCACCUGUGCCAACUGUGGCUACCCUUCUGCUAAGACCCGCAAGUUCAACUGGAGCGAGAAGGCCAAGCGCCGCAAGACCACCGGCUCCGGCCGCAUGCGCUCCCUGCGUGAUGUCCACCGCCGCUUCUUGAACGGCUUCCAGACCGGUACCCCCAAGGGCGCCCGUGGCCCCCAGACCGCUUAA